CCGCGGGAGGGAGAGGGCCCGCGUUCCGCUGCCGUUCUCGGGACUCCGAGGGUCAGCGGUGGAAGGACUUUCUUUGGGGACUUUUUGACUCGCACGGCUCGUGCAGCUCUUCCAGGGAGGCGGGAAAGCCACAGCCCGACGAAACCCCCAACCACUCGUGGCUUCGGGCCGCGCGAAGGACGGGGAAGGGGACGCCUCUAGAGAGGCGGUGGGUAUCUCUCGCCAGCUGCGUGCAGCAGGGAGGAGCGGACUCGCCGAGGGAGAUAAACGUCCUGCAGGCCUUUGUUUCUUCAGAGAUAAUCUCCUCCGUUCUGGUAGCACGUUCUAGGAAGAAUUCUGUACUUUCAAGGAGGUGUUUGGCGUAGACAUUGGGGCAAGGGGCAUAGCUGUGCAUGCUUGCUACCUCUUUUUCUAACCUGAGGCUCUUGUGGCCCUUUACAAAGGGAAGCGGCUACUUUUACUCGUUUUACAUGUAGGGAAAGUACAGUCCUGAGAAGAAAGUUAAUUGCCCCAGGCUACACAGCUCAUCAGUGGGAGAAAAGCUGAAACUCACCUGUGGUUGCUUGAGUCUGCUGCUGCUUGCAUGUGUGGAAUGAUCCUCUGCUAGUGUAAUUCUGGUUUGAUUUUGCUUGCUUCGGCUUAUGCUCACGCGAGAAGCUCCAGGCAGUGGGUGAAUCUCCAUAGAAUCAUAGAAUCAUUUAGGUUGGAAAAGACCUUCAAGAUCAUCAAGUCCAACCAUCAACCAUGCCCACUAAACCAUGCCCUGAAGCUGGACUGGGGUCUGGCUUGCAAGAGCUUAUAACUAUUUCACUGCCAUUAUCUGACACAUUCUCAAAAAGAAAGAUGAUGGAGAGCCAAAAGGAUUUGAUAUUUGAAGAGUAUCAAUUCUUCCUCAAAGUUGAACUAAGGGCAAAAGCAGUGGAUGGGCUUCCUUUCAGGAAGUCUAACUUAACCUUCUAACCCAACUCAUCUUUAGCAUGGGCCAUUCUUAUGCAAGGGAACAUUCUUCCCACCCUUUACUGCUUUAAGAUCUGUUGCUUGUUGUGCAUGCAGACCUAAGCUGUUACUUUUUUUUGUCCAUAGAGCUUCUAAAUAGAGCUCUGAUCUUACAGAGUAUAAAUAACUCAUAUUUCCCAGUAACUAUAGAUUUUUCCAGCGGCACCGUGAAAUCCUAUUCACUUCUCCCAGAACUUGCAUAAUUGGUAAAAUUCACACUCUUAGAAAAAGCAGAGGGUACUAAGUGUGUGGUACGAUUUGUCCUUUCAUCACUGAGCAACAGGAGGAUGGUUUUUGCUUACCUUUCUGCCUGCUUGCUGAUGAGCGGGCAUCUUUCAGCAGUCGUGUUCUGCAGAGGUGAAACCAAGCAGCUCAAAGGUAGGUAGGUAGAUGCUGUCUAUGAAUAAGGGCGCCGAGCUGGUAUAGAGAAAUGGAAUUUCUGACUGGGGGACAGCUAAUGACCUUAGUAACACAGCUGGAAGUAGGGCAUGUGGAUCCUGACAUGUAGGCUUCUGCUCUAGUCGCUCUUCUAACUCGAUAAAGUCUUUGUUUUGGCUUGUCAGUGCUUGGAUCACAGUGGCGCUGGACAUGGGGAGAUGUUAUUCUGCCGCUUAGUUGAUAAAAUAAGUUCUUCAGUGAAAUGCUGUGGUCAUGAUGGGAGUUCACAUGGUUGAAGGAGUUUGUACCUAUGAGAGAUUUUACUUGGGGCUACUUAUUUCUAAUUCUUUUGAUUUAGAGAAUGUAGUGGUCACGCAUGCCUGACCGUUGAAGAAUGGCAAAGUCCUCUCUAGGUACUGUAUGGACGAUGUGCUCUUUGUUUAGGGCUUUGUUUUCUGCUUUGUUGCAGCUGGCCCGGAUUCAGACCGACAGCGUAGUCGAGAUGCUCCGUGAGCUAUACCCUGACCUCUGCUUUGAGAUUGGGGAGAAAGAUGGAUUUCAUAAGCUCCUGAUAAUUGAAGCUCUGAGUAUGUCAUGCAGAUGGUGUUAUGUUGCUCCGUUUGAGAACCUGGUAUCGCUCUGGCUGCACCCCACUGUGCCUUAGGGACAUUUUCCUGCCUGGGGCUUGAGGCGUUCAACAGGAGUAAUGGGAUCCCAGCCUUGCACUGAAGAGAACUGCUGAGUACCUGUUUACUGGCACUGCAGAGAAAGACUCUGGCAGUUUCCGUUGGGCCAGCUCUUCCCAAAACCUGCCCUCUUUCCCCUUGUUCUCUUUUUGAGGACAGUGAAGAAAGUCUCAAUUUCACUUGUCUUGAGCGCAGUGUAUUUCUAGAAGCGAGCUGCUCUUAUAUUUACCUUGAGUCUGUGUUCAUGCAGUAGUGUGUGACGCUGUACUGCUCGUUAGGUGUUACGUAGAUAUUUCCAGGCUAGGCCUAGGUGCUUUGAUGGAGCCUCACAUUUUACCUGUGCUCUCCCUCUGAGCAGUUGCCAUGUCGACAACCGGAGACAAGAUCUUGGAUACAGCGCUUUCCAAGAUCGGGGAGAAGAGCCUCUUCACCAAAGAGCUGGAAAACGCACUUGAAAGAAAUGAAGUUGACCUCGUGGUUCACUCCUUGAAGGACCUGCCAACUUCUCUUCCUCCUGGCUUUACCAUUGGCGCUGUCUGCAAAAGGGAAAACCCACUCGAUGCCGUUGUCUUUCAUCCCAAAAACUGUGGGAAAACACUGAGCCUCCUUCCUGAAAAGAGUGUGAUUGGAACCAGCUCACUUCGGAGAGCAGCCCAGCUCAAAAAGAAGUUCCCUCAGUUAGAAUUCAGGGAUAUUAGAGGGAAUUUAAAUACCCGCUUAAAGAAGCUAGAUGAGAAGGAAGACUUCAGUGCCAUCGUCCUGGCUGCUGCUGGGCUGAAGAGAAUGGGCUGGGAGAAUCGCAUUGGCCAGCUCCUAAGCCCUGAAGAUUGUCUGUAUGCUGUUGGACAGGGUGCCUUAGCAGUGGAAGUUCGUGCCAAAGACCAAGAGAUACUGAAUAUGGUAUCUGCCCUGCAUGAUGCAGACACCGUGUUAUGCUGCAUUGCUGAGAGAGCCUUUAUGAAACGUUUGGAGGGUGGAUGUAGCGUCCCUGUCGCCGUCAACACCAUGCUGAAAGAUGGCCAGUUGUAUUUGACAGGAGCAGUCUACAGUUUGGAUGGAUCUGAUAGCCUGAAGGAGACUAUGCAGACCAGUGUUAAUUAUCCCCAACAGAAUGAAGAUGGACCAAACGACGAUGUGCAGCAUGUUGGCAUCACAGCCAAGAAUGUCCCUGGUCAGGCCCAGGAAGCUGCAGAGAACCUUGGUGUUGAACUAGCUAGUUUACUUCUGAGCAAGGGAGCUAAGCAUAUCCUUAGCGUGGCAAGGCAGCUCAACGAUGCCCGCUAAACCUGUGGUGUACUCUGCAUGACUGCUAGAACUCUAGCAAGUCUUUGCAGCUAUGCUGUCAUCCUCCUUUGGAGGAAGAGAUUUAUUUAAAUGCUCAGACCGGUCUUAACUGAUGUUUGGGCACAAAAACUUGAAAUACUAAGUUAACUAACUUGAGUA